GCGAGUAAAAGUAAAUUUUUACAGUUUGAGGUCCGUAUAAAUAUAAAUGUUGAUCUCAGCCACCUGAGCGAAUGCAAAGAUGUGCGGGAGUCGAGUCAAGUAAUAUGUACAGAAAUUUGUACUUGAAAUGCUGCAUUUCGAUGAUCGGUCCGUCUAAAUUUAUUGGUUUCUCUAACCGUUGAUGUUAUUAUACUUGUUCAACGUAAGAAUGAAUCUUUGUUCGUGACACGUUUUAUAAAGUCGUCAAGACGGUGAUAUUUGGUUUCGUACGAUUAGCGGAAUGGGCUUUUCUACGAGUUUGCAGGGGCAAACGUCCCACGAGGCGUUACUCGGCCGUCAGGAUGCUGAAAUCAAGCUUCUCGAAACGAUGAAACGAUGCCUGACGACGAAAGUUAAGUCGGAUCGCGAGUAUGCUUCAACAAUCUCUUCCUUAGCGACGCAGGGGAAAAAAAUCGAGCGCAACGAGGAUCUCGUUGGCAGUCUAAUAGCGCAGAGUUGGAGAGAUAUCAUGGACUCUGUUGAUCAGACAGCUAAAUUAAUCAAGCAACAAGCAGAUUCUAUAGAAGCUAUUGUGGUUGAACAUAUUAUGACACUGUGUUCUGAAAGAAGAAGGGCUAGGAAAUUGUAUCAGGAGGAGCAAACAUGGCUGAAUAAUCAGUUCCAACAGUUAACAGAUGAUGUUACCAGAAAAAAAUUGGAAUAUCAGAAGAAUUUGGAACUGUAUAAGUUAAUGAGGUCCCGCUUCGAGGAACAUUAUGUUAAAUCUGGUAGAGGCGGCAGGAAAUUGGACGAAGUACGGGAAAAGUAUCAAAAAGCCUGUAGAAAACUUCAUCUUACACACAACGAGUACGUGUUACUUUUGGGUGCUGUAACAGAGUGCGAACUCGAUUUAAGGACGUGCUACUUGCCAAGUCUGCUUCACCGACAACAAGCAAUUCAUCAAGACCUUAUAACGUCAUGGAAAGCCAUACUUCAAGAUAUAGUGAAGUAUUCUGGUUUUACGAAUGAUAAGUUUCAAGAGCUACAUCUGCGUAUGCAGAAGGCUGUAGAUUUGGUGAAACCUGUAGAAGAAUAUAGAGACUUUAUAGGAAAGCAUAGAACGCAACCAGCAUCGCCGAUAAGAUUCACAUUCGACGAGAACCUUGUAGACGAUACUUCGGGAAAAUUGUUGCCAAAUAAAUUGACGGUAGAUAAUCUGACAAUAGACUGGUUACGAAAUCGAUUAACUGAACUGGAGACCUCUUUGAAAACGACUCAGCAGAGUCGACAAAAUUCUCAGUAUCCGUCAGAAAAUAAUAGCGAUUCUAAGGUAUCAAUUUUGGAUUACUCCCGCGAGAGAGAAGAAUUACGUUUACGUUGUCAGGAAAAAAAGCUUCAACGACAAGUGGAUGUUAUUAGAGCCGCUUUGAAUGAGUUGGGUUGCGAAGAAUUACCGCUGGGAUACGAUCUUUCCAUGGAGACUUCUUUCACUGAUUCGCCAGCUAAUAGUAAGUUAGUACCACUGCCCUUCCAGAAAAGUACAGUUGCAGAUAUCGGUCUAUUUACAUUACGAAGAAAUCAACGGUUCAUGACAAUAUUUAGGUCUCCCUUCAAAUCUUUACCGAUGAUAAACGAUACGAAAGAUGGAACGAUUAGAUCGAGUAGCGAAGGUCCUACUUCAAAAACAGAUAAUACUUUAACAGUUGCACCGUUACGUGGAAUUUCGAAUUUAACGACUAAUCAAAAAGGAAAUGGCGAUCUUAUGGAGGAGGAAUGGUUCCAUGGUGUGCUACCAAGGGAGGAAGUAGUGAGAUUACUUGUGAACGAAGGUGAUUUUUUAGUACGCGAAACGACAAGGAACGACGAGUGCCAAAUAGUUUUAUCCGUCUGUUGGGACGGACAUAAGCAUUUUAUUGUACAGACAACAAAUGAAGGACAUUAUAGAUUCGAAGGUCCUACAUUCCCGUCAAUUCAAGAGUUAAUCAGCCAUCAAUGGCUGUCUGGAACACCCGUAACUAGUCGAUCUGGAGCUAUUCUCAAAACACCAAUUAUACGCGAACGAUGGGAACUAAAUAACGAUGAUGUAAAUCUUCUAGAAAAAAUAGGACGGGGUAACUUUGGAGAUGUAUAUAAAGCACAACUUAAAACUUGUAAGACUGAAGUAGCUGUAAAAACCUGCAAAGUAACAUUACCGGACGAACAAAAGCGCAAAUUCUUACAAGAGGGACGAAUAUUAAAGCAAUACGAUCACCCGAACAUAGUAAAACUUAUUGGGAUUUGUGUUCAAAAGCAACCUAUUAUGAUCGUUAUGGAAUUGGUGCCUGGUGGUUCCUUGUUAACUUAUUUAAGAAAAAGUGCUAGUACCAUUACGCAACAAGAACAGCUUCGCAUGUGCAAAGAUGCAGCGGCAGGUAUGCGUUAUUUGGAAUCUAAAUACUGUAUCCAUAGAGACUUGGCAGCCCGAAAUUGUCUCGUAGGAUACGAGUCCAUAGUAAAAAUUUCUGACUUCGGUAUGUCACGGGAAGAAGAAGAAUACAUAGUUUCAGACGGCAUGAAGCAGAUUCCAAUCAAGUGGACCGCGCCGGAGGCAUUGAAUUUUGGUAAAUAUACAUCACUGUGUGAUGUUUGGAGUUACGGAGUCUUAAUGUGGGAAAUAUUUUCUAAGGGUGGAAAUCCCUACAGUGGUAUGUCCAAUUCUCAGGCUCGCGAGAAGAUAGACGCAGGUUACCGAAUGCCAGCUCCAGAGAACACGCCCGACGAAAUAUACCGUUUAAUGUUACGAUGCUGGGAGUACGAGCCAGAGAAACGUCCCCAUUUCGAUCAGAUUUACACCGUCGUCGAGACACUGUCUCAAGCGUAUUUGUAAAGAAUUAAGAUCAACCCUGCGAUGCCAACCCGUUAAGGUAAUAACUACACUUUUCGAGUUUAGAAUUUUUUAGAACUUUUAAAACGAAAUAAACCGUAAGAGCAGCAUUUAAAAUGAUCGAUGAUCACGCAGCUUUCUUCGCGCAACCAUGAUAUUCCUUUACGACUUGCCAUUGUUUUUUCCCCCUUUUUUUUGGGCAUAUGUAUUUCUUUCCUAUGCUGGCAUUCCAGGGUAAACUGAUUGUUUUCAAUCUUUAAAACGUAUUAUAUUCAACCGAAAUGAAAUCUCAAAUGUGAAUAGAGCUUGGGAGACACGAGAUUUUCAAAAUGGUAUUUCAUUUUUACAGUGUAUUUAUAUAUCAUGUAUAUCAUAUUAUGUACAUUAUAUAUAAUGUAUUAUCGUAUUAUGUUUCAUGUUCAUACAUGUUCUACUGUUCGUGUCCUUUCUGUCUCUUAUUAGUAAUGUUACAUUCACAUUUCUUAAAUUAUUUAUCCGUCCAUAACGAUUCAUUUUCGCUUGCUACAUAGCAAACGUAGUAUGUACCACUGAAAUUAAAGAUGUUAUAAUGUGGACUUUCGUUUAUUUGGAUACGUAGAUACAGAAACACCGUAAAAAUGUAAAUGGAUAUAGUUAUUGUCACGCGAAUCUUAAUAUUACCGUAAGAUAUGUAUAUGUAUUCUAUUAAUUUGUAUAUCAUCGUGCAAUGUUUGUGCAAAGCAAUGUAAAAAAAAAAAAAAAAAAAAAUGACAAGUAUAUAUCAAUUGAUUCGCUAUACUGUAUCAAACUUUAGUCAAAGACAAUGAAUACGAAAGUUUUAAAGAUUGUUUAUAUUCGUAAUAGCGUUUAAAACUUUCAAGGAGUGUCGUCACUCCUUACACAUUUUAAGAUUUUAGAAUAUUUUAUUUCAUUUUUAUUGGCGAGAAUCGCGAUUAUGAGAAAUCGCCUGCUUAUUUUACUGCGUUAAUUAUUGCUGUGCAAUAUACAACAUAUUUAACUUUUAAAAUUUACAACAUAAUAUAACCACGUGUAAAAAAUGAAAUGUAUACGUGUGUAGUAUGUACGUACGCUUAAGUAAAAUGUAUUAGUUGAUUUCCGAUAAGUUGAGAGAAACUUAACAAUAUUCGAAACAAUUGAACUCUUAUAUUGUAUAAUAGAAUUGAUUAUAUGCUUUGUUUCUUGUUAUUUUUAAUCACAGUUUAAUGAACAAUGAAAUUCAGCAAGAAUGAUGUGUGCUGUCAUUUUCAAAU